GCUGUCACUUGAUCAGCUUAUAUUGGAUCACCCUAUGUACUCCAAAGAUGGAGACAUAAAUAAGGGGUGGUCUGCAGGAGCUGUUCCUGAUGGUCCACCAUGGGAAAAAGACUCAUCAGUCAAAUCACAAGACCUGAAGAAUAGCAGUAAUGGAAUGGACCAUAAAACUAAUGUCACUGAGCGGUUUAGGGAGCUACAGAGAAUUCUGAUUAAUGCAGGUUUGCCAGAGACAGAAGACCGGACCAAACAACCACGCACAGGCCAUAAUGAGGACACCAUCACAAUUUGUGUUGCUGGGGCCCCAACCUUUACCAUAUCCAUUCUUCUGGAAGGAGUAAGACAGUGUCCAGGCAAAAUAUUCCUCUGUCUGUCCAGUUCAUGGUUCUGCCCACGGCCUCCUGCCUCAGCAUGCCCACCUCCUCUCUUCAUCAGACAGGCUAUAACUUUUGAUCAUGGGGGUCAAACCUUCUUGGAUACCUUCUCUCCCCCCUCGAAAAGUUACAUACCUCUCCUGGUUAGGGGAGCAGUUCUUGCUGGAAGACCAGUGGGACUGCCCAAUGGGAGGAUCUCCUCAGCUUUCCUGCCUCUUUGCUGAUACUUUGGGGGUGCGACUCUUACUAGAUCACAAGGAAAUUCCACUUCCUCCUGCCCUGGUUCUUAAUUCUUCUCAUCAGUUAGGCCCUUGGGAACCACGUAAUGGGGAGGCUAAAUCCAUAAAAGUGGUGGAAUUCCUUCAAAAGGAAGGUAGAGAACAAAGAGUACAGCAAGAGAUUUCUGCAUUUCUUGAAUCACUGAAGUUAAAGGGUCAUCAUAAGGUUGUGGUGAAGACUUGCUGGCCUCAUCUAAACCUUUCUUCUUCACCAACCUUCUAUUUCACUCAUGACCCACAUGCUGUGUUUGAUGCUGUGCUGAACAUUCUAUCUGAGUACCCAGAGGGUCAAGCAGUUCUGCUUGAGGGGUUUAUAAACACAGUGCCCCCACGCAGACUCAAGCCACCGCAACCUCCUGCCUGUAUACCACGCUGCUCCGUGCGCCCCCCAGAGCUGGCGAUUCGUCUCUGUGCCGUUGUCUGCCGAUCUCGCGGAGACCAACCAAUUCUAAGCAAGGUGGUAUGUACCGUGGGCCGGGCAGAGAAACCUCUUUGCCAUCGAUCGGCCCUUCCCCAGUCACUGGACACAACCUUGGAAUUAUGGGGCAUACAAGAUGAAGGACAGAAGAACAAUAUUCGGGCCCAACUCAAAGAGACCUCAGAAAGGGUCAUGAAAGUAAUAAUAGAGGAAGAGAAAAAGCUGAGCCCAAAACUAAGAGGAGGGAACAAGGUGCAAACAGAUGUACUUGGAGUCGAUCUUUUGCUUACUUGCAUUGACUACAUGGUAACCCCGGUAGUUCUGGGUGUCACCACUGCCUUCUGCCUGGAGAGCUGUGGAAUACACGAAUGUCUUUUGGGAAGCUUGGCUGCCGCAAAAUCUGUGACUGUUAGCUCCGCAUCAAGUCCUUUGAUAGAGACCAUGCUGAGACGCUCAAUGACCUAUAUAAUGGAAGGGAAAGAAGUCCUGGUGAUUGGAGCUGGUGGCAUCAGUAAAAAAUUUAUCUGGCAAGCAGCUCGUGACUAUGGAAUAAAGAUCCAUUUAGUGGAGUCAAAUCCGAACCAUUUUGCCUCUUCUCUUGUGGCCUCUUUCAUCCACUAUGACUAUGAUGACCGCUCUUGUGGAGAUGAGGAACAUGCUCAGAAUAUCUUGGCUAUAGUUAAGGAGAGAGCUGUACAUUUUUCCGGUUGUAUGACAUUCUGGGAUGAGUGCACUAUCCUCGCUGCCAUACUAAGCCGCUUACUAGGUCUUCCUGGUCCUCCUCCAAGCGCAGUGAGACUUGCCAAGCGCAAGACACAAACACAACUAUGUCUCCUCAACAUGGCCUCAAAAUCGCCACCCUAUCCAUAUGCUAAGGCAUUUGCUGUGCCCUGCUUCCCUCUGGGUCCAGGAACUGGUGGAAUAGAAGCUGCAGAAUCUGUUCUUUCUUACCCUUUGAUUAUAAAACCAGAGUCUGGUGCAGGUGCUGUUGGUGUACGCUUAGUGCAGGGUGCAGAAGAGUGUAGGAAACUAGUUAAGAAAAUGGGAGCGGAUCCCGAAGCUUGCAAGCAAAAAAAUGAAACACACAUUGCAAUACAUGAAAGUAAAAUCUGUAAUGGUGAAAUUGGGUUAAGUUUGGGACAAGAAAUGGCUGAGGCAGUAAUACAGAAUGGAGAAACCAGUCUUAACCAAAGCCAGCCUGCCAGAGAUAGUACCCAAACUACACCCCCACCUCUUCUUGCUGAGUACAUUACUGGCACUGAGCAUGAUGUGGAUCUAGUUUUAGGUCCUAAUGGCCGUCUUUUGGCUGCAUAUGUGUCUGAUAAUGGGCCAACCCUCCUUCCAGGUUUUACUGAAACAGCAGCAGCACUUCCCUCCCGUCUUAACCAAGAAAGACGCUGUCAGUUAGUUCAGGCUGCUUUGCGCAGUUGCCAGGCACUAAACCUUUACCCUGGAGUUUUUAAUGUAGAGCUCAAACUGACUGAAUCUGGUCCAAGGCUACUAGAGAUUAAUCCUCGCAUGGGUGGGUUUUAUUUACGAGAUUGGAUUCGCCAUAUCUACGGCACUGACCUAGUGCUUGUGGCUCUGGCACUGUCAUGUGGCAUUGAGCCAGCAUUGCCUGAAAAAGGUGCCCUAGAGUCUACAGUACUUGUUGGGCUGAUGUGUACAGGAGAAUCUCAUGAGGAAGCUUUAAGUAGCACAGCAAAUCCACAGAGGUUGACAGAGCUUCAUAAUGCUGGGCACAUCCGCUUCAACUGCCUGGAGGGUAGCGCAGUGCAUGGACCAGAUCAGGAACCGUACGGCAAUGUGGCUUGUGAGGGAAGGAAUCAGAAGGAAGCUAGGCAGAGACUUCUUGGGGUAUGCUCAGUGCUUGGGUUUGACAAACAGAACUACCCAGUACCUUAUUUAACUGGAGAGUUUCAAUAA